UUGUCAUCCUCUGAACAUAACUGUAAACAUGUGGAAUAUGUAAAUAGCGUUUCAUGUAAUAUCUGGAUUAAGAGUGCAACUCAAACUUUUAAUGACACCAUUAUACAGGCCUGUCCUUUAAACCAUGCUGAAGUGGUUUUCCACUGAUGAGGCGGGAGCUGCCCAGGGAGCUCCAGGCUCCCCUCAAGGGGACCAGGGAGGUGGUGGACCCCCUCUCUACGAGGUAACUGAGAGACUGGGUCAGAUGGAGCAGCUGGUGGCUCAGCUGAAAGAGAUGAUCAGGGAGAAGGAUGCAGCACUGAAGGCCAAGGAUGAACAGCUGAAGACAGAGAAGGAGUCAUGUGAAGCUAAGCUCUCCAAGAUGCGGCUCCAGAACAAGGCAAAGGUCACCUCCCUCAACUCCCAACUGGAGGAGCUGAAGAAACAGCAUGGGGAUACAGGGGGCAGGACUACCUCACCUCAGAUUAAACGAAGUGGAAGUGGGGAGUCUGGAGAGACAGAGCCGGCGGCUGCCAGUCGGGGGAAGAUCCUCCGGCUGAAAAAGAAGGUGGAGGAGCUGGAGCAGCAGCUCUCAAACAGAGAACAAGAGUUGCAGCAGAAGACACAGGAGUUAGAGGUUCAGCGAGAACGUGGUGUUGAGAUGGACGCUAUGUUGGUUGAAAAAGACAAGCGUCUGGCUGAGAAAGAGGCCUAUAUUGUCCACUUGCAAAUGGCUGUCUCUGGAGAGCACCCCGCCACACCUUCGAGCCAAGUCACUCAGGACAACAAGGCAAGAUACAUGCUAUCCAUCAGCCUGUUCCCAGCUGAACUUCCCUGCUCAGUCAGUGGAUGA